AUGGCGACGAAUACAAAAGUAAAACUUGUUGAUACAAUGUAUAAACCACAUGAAUAUGAUAGAAUCACAUCGGCACCACCACAUGAUUCAAAAACAAUUAUUAAAUAUAUUAUACCACGCGUUAUUAAACCGAGUACUUCAAACGAUCCCCAAGGAGCAUUACGCAAAGUAGGUUGGCCAAAGAAUGGAUCAAAUUAUCCAGUGGCUGCAAAAACUCAUGGUCUUGCAUCGCUCGUACAAAAUUCAACAUUUUCAACUAUAUCACCAUUGCAUAGUAUUAACGGUGAGCGUAUUAUUGAUGAACAACGUGAAUUAUCGCAAGUAACUGAAAUACUUGGCAAUACAAUAUUACGACAUUCUAGUUUAUUAUCAAAUAAUCAUUUUCUAGAACUAUUGAUACAAUGGUUUGAAAAACAUCGUCACGAAAAUGGUUCAAUUGUUGAAAAAAUGUAUAAAACAGAAAUUGAAAGUGCAAAAGCUAUAAUUCGUGAAGCUUUAGAGCAAAAAUCUACUGUAGAAAAAAAAUGCCAUGAAGCAACUAAAGUAACAAAAGCUAGCGACAGUCAAUAUGAACAAUUAUUAUCAAAACGAAAUAAGUAUGGCCAAGAAUUAUUUGAGUAUGAACGUAAAAUAGCACAAAAUAAUGCUGAAUGUCAAUUUCUUCAACGUCGACUACAUCACUUUGAUGAGGAAAAUAAAUUUUAUUUAUUAAAAAAUCAAACAUUACAAGAUCGAAAAGUUCGUUUACGUUAUGAACUCGACGAAGAAAUGUUUGCUCAACAUACAUUACAUAUGGAAAGAGAAGUAUUAGCAACGGAAAAAAUAGCCAAAGAAGAUGUUCAUUUAACAGCGCUUGAUGACCUUCAAAAGUCAAUCAAUGUAACAGAAAUCGGAUGUAAACAAGCAUGGCUGCAUUUCACUGAUCAAUUAAAUGAUGAAGUUCAACGUAUACGUAGCGAAUAUGAAAAAAAACUUGAUGUUUACCGAGAAGAAUUACAUCGAAACAGUGAAUAUGAAUUAUAUCAUUUUGAAAUGUGUAAAUCGGCUUCAACAUCAAAUGUAACAAAAGAGCAUCGUGCUAAAUUAGAACAACACCUACGGGAGAACAACGACACUAAGCUACAAAUAGAGACUACGCAAGCAAAUGUGAACGAAAUGACUUUGAAAAUAAAUGAAUUAGAACGACGAAUAGCAGUUGAAAAAAAAGAUUACGGAACAAAUGUUAAACGAAAAUUAGAAACGAUUCAACAAAUAUUACGAGAACGUGAACGAAACCUCGAAGAAGCUUUACGUGAUCGAGCGGAGUUUAAACAGAAAAUUGAAAUGUAUAAAGCACAACUUAAUCAUCAUUCAACACAAAAAUCAGACCAAUAUUAUAAGAAACGAUCAACUAUUCAUGAGCUUACUUCAUCAUUACCAUCAAUUAAUUCGCCUAGUCUUAAAGUACCAUAUCGAUUGUCAUGGAACGAAUCAAAAACUGAAAAUAAUGAACAAAAAAUUGCAUUACUACCACCACCGCAGUUGUUACCAACAAUCACUGAAAGUAAAUCAAAUCAUCAAGAAAUUCCACAUGAUUCAUCGAUGAUUCAAAACGAAGAAUCAUUGGAGGAAGGUACACUCACAAGAUUUGCUGAUUUCAAUGUUGAUCAAGAUUGUAAUCACUUAUACAUAUUAUUAACUAAUUCUCAUAUAGAAGAAGUACCUAUUAUAAACAUACUUUGUAAUCGAAGUGUUGAUCAACGUUUAGAAAUUCGAGAUAGAUAUAAACAACUUUUUAAUCAAAAUCUUGGCGAUGCUCUUGAACACAUAAAAGAUGAUGCAUUAAGUAGACUUUUAAGAAUAUUAUUAUUAUCAGCUGUUGAUCGCGAUUGUUUUGAACUAAGACGAAUAUUAAAAACAGCAAUGAUGGAUGAAAGUAUUCUUGCAGAAAUAUUAUUUAGUCGACCAAGUCAACAUAUUCAAACAGUGCGAAAUCGCUAUAAAAAAUUAUUCAAAAAUACACUUGAACAAGAUUUAAUUACCGAUCGAGAUACACCUGCAAAGAAACUAUUUCUCUCAAUGAUGCUAGUGGAUCGUCCGGAACAUAAUUAUAUUGAUGACGAUGCCGUAUUAAAAGAUGCUCGGGAGUUAAGUGAAACAGGAACAGCAUGGAAACGAAGUCAAUCACCAUUUAUUGCGCUUCUAUGCAAUCGAAGUAACAAACAAUUGGAAAAAAUUUUCGCAGCUUAUCAACAAUUCGCUAAAAUUGAUAUUGAACAAGCUAUACAAAUGCACACUGAAGGCGAUCUUACUCGUAUUCUUAUGGCCAUUGUUCGUAUUAUUCGAAAUCGGCCCAGAUUUUUCGCUUUUGAACUAAAAAAAAGUUUUAAAGGUACCGCUACUAAUAAUGAUAAUCUAAAUCGUAUAAUAGUUUCGCGUUGUGAAAUCGAUACGGCUAAAAUCAAAAAUGAAUUUGAAAAAAUUACAAAACAUACUCUUCAUGAUUAUCUUCUGAUUCAUACAACAAAAAAUUAUAGAGUGGCACUUCUGGAAUUAUUGCGCCAUCGUAUUGAAUUACAUAGCGCAAUAUUAAAACUAGAAGCUUGGAAACAAGAAACAAAAUUAAGUAGUGAUGGAGUUUUGAAAAGAGUUGGUGUGCGAUGGCAAGAACCAAUCGUUAAAGAUGAUUCAAACGAAUCUACAAAACAUAAAUUAGUGCGCAGUAGAAGUGAUCGUUCAAUGGAGGAAAAUAGAUACGCUGAUGUUAAUCAACCGUUGCAUAACUCGUUCGAAGGGGGAUUUAAUAAUAAUAAUCAAGCAAAAGCUAGGAGUACAUCGACGAUAUAUGCAAAAACAUCUAAAUCACAACAGCCUAAUCGUCAUUCAUUUGUACCAUUGCCAAAAACUUAUGAAAAUCAAUAA